AUGUCUGCCUCGUCCCUGGCCCGUAUCUUUGCACGGAAAAUACACGUCUCUGCUCGCAGACAUGCCCUCACCAGGAUGAACAUGCCUGCAAUGAGCCCCACCAUGACCGAGGGCGGCAUCGCGUCAUGGAAAAAGGCAGAGGGUGAUUCUUUCGCUGCUGGUGACGUGCUCUUGGAAAUCGAAACAGACAAGGCGGUGAUCGACGUGGAGGCCGCAGACGACGGUAUCUUGGCUAAAAUUAUCGCCAAAGAUGGUGCCAAGGGCGUUGCCGUCAACGCGCCAAUUGCAAUCCUCGCUGAGGAGGGCGACGACCUUUCUGGUGCCGCGGAUCUGGCCGCACAAGCCUUGUCUGAGUCUGCUGAGCCACCAAAGAAGGAGGAAAAGGCUCCCGAGCCAUCAAAAUCCGAGGAGACACCCAAACCCGCUCCCGCCGAGUCGCAGCCUAAAUCGGAGUCCAAGUCCCAAUUGGCCAAGGGCGAGCGCAUCUUCGCCUCUCCCAUCGCGAAGAAGAUUGCCCUGGAACGCGGGAUUCCUCUGGCGAAGGUCAAGGGCACGGGUCCCGAAGGCCGGAUCAUUCGUGAGGAUGUCGAGAAGUACCAGCCAUCCGCUGCUGCUGCUGCGCCUGGCGCGCCUUCAGCUCCCGCUGUCCAGACGCCAGACUACGUCGACAUCCCCACCACCAGCAUGCGCCGCACGAUCGGCAGCCGCUUGACGCAGGCCAAGGUCGAGGCGCCCCACUAUUACCUCACCGUCGACAUCAACAUGGAUAAGGUCACCAAACUGCGGGAAGUCUUCAACAAGUCAUUCGGCGAGAAGGACAAGGCGGCCAAGCUGAGCGUCAACGACUUCAUUGUCAAGGCUGUCAGCAAGGCAUUGGAGGAUGUGCCCGAGGCUAACACGGCAUGGUUGGGCGAAGUCAUCAGACAAUACAAGAAGGCUGACAUCUCAAUCGCGGUCGCAACCCCCAACGGUUUGAUCACGCCAAUCGUGAAGGACGUCGGCUCGAAGGGUCUCGCUACCAUCUCUUCGGAGGCGAAGGCACUGGCGAAGAAGGCGCGUGACGGCAAACUGCAGCCACACGAGUACCAGGGCGGAACCUUCACCGUCUCCAACCUCGGCAUGUUCGACAUCUCCCACUUCACCGCCAUCAUCAACCCGCCGCAAUCAUGUAUCCUCGCCGUCGGCUCGACGCAACCGACUCUGGUCCCUGCACCCGAGGAGGAGCGCGGCUUCAAGACGGUGAACCUGAUGAAAGUCACGCUCAGCUGCGAUCACCGCACCGUUGAUGGCGCCGUCGGCGCACGGUGGUUGACGGCAUUCAAGGGUUACUUGGAGAACCCUUUGACGUUCAUGCUCUGA